AUGCAUAAUAAUAAUAGACGAUCAUGGAGUUCUUGGGAGGAUAAUGGUUACUGCUCAACUAGUUGUGGCAAUGGGACACAAAUAAGGCGCCGGCGCUGCGAUAAUCCAGCGCCUACAAAUGAUGGAAAUGAAUGUCCUGGUGACAAUGUUACUUCCGUUCACUGUAACAUCAAAGAGUGUCCAGGAUCAUGGAGUUGUUGGGAGGAUGAUGGUUACUGCUCAACCUCUUGUGGCAAUGGGACACAAAUAAGGCGCCGGCGCUGCGAUAAUCCAGCGCCAACAAAUGAUGGAAAUGAAUGUCCUGGUGACAAUGUUACUUCCGUUCACUGUAACAUCAAAGAGUGUCGAGUUUAUAAAUGGGGACAUUUGAAGGAACUGAACUUAACAAAGGAUGAGACAAAAGAGGUUAUGAAGAAUGAGUUGGAUGAACUGAAGAGCAACUUAACAAUCGACUCCAAAAACAUGUCUGCUACUAUCAGGAAACGCAUAUCAGCACGUGACGAAAGACCGUCUGCUGCAUCCGUAGUAUGUAGAUUUUUUUACAAAGGAGCAAAGAAAGACUGGCGUCCAGAAUAUGAACCAGCACGCAAUUCCUGUUACUUUGAAGAGUGCUCAAAUGCUUGUGGUAGUGGAACCAUGACGUUUACAUGUGAUAUGUGUCCGUACAGCCGUCAUAUUUUAGCAUGCACAGGUUAUAAAGGGUGUCUAGGUGUUUGGGGACGUUGGACUCAAUUUAGUGAAUGUUCUACUACUUGUGACGAAGGACAAAUGCUAUUUACAAGAAAAUGUAACCAUCCAUCAUUAGGCCAUUUGGCUACCGAUUGUGUUGGUGACAGCAAUACGUACAAACCAUGCAACCUACGAGGAUGUCCAGGAUCAUGGAGUUGUUGGGAGGAGGAUGGUUACUGCUCAACUUCUUGUGGGAAUGGGACAAAAACAAGGCGCCGACGCUGCGAUAAUCCAGCGCCAACAAAUGAUGGAAAUGAAUGUCCUGGUGACAAUGUAACUUACGUUCACUGUAACAUGAAAGAUUGUUCAGUUUAUAAAUGGGGACAUUUGAAAGAGUUCAACCUAUCAAAAGAUGAUCUUAAAGAACUUAUGAAGGAUGAGUUGGAUGAACUGAAAAGCAACUUAACCAUCGACUCGAAAAAUAUAUCUGCUUCUAUCAGGAAACGCAUAUCAGCACGUGACGACAGACCGUCUGCUGCAUCUGUAGGUUAUGUAGGUGUCGCUCUGCUGUUGAUUCCAUUGGUAAUGAUUAUAAGUUUAGACGCUCCACAGUUUUUGGCCUUGGUAGUAAAUAUUUACCGAAAGGUUUGUAAACGAAGGUCUCUGCAAAUCGGAAAUGCUGAACAGAGAAAAUGA